AUGAAGCUGUUUUUCUUCAUGACUGCUACCGCCUUGAUCUUCUCUGUUCAAUGUGAAUAUGCAAGUGGCGGAGGUGGUGGAGGAUCCGGAUAUUCAGCAGGAGGUAGUGGGGAUGCCGCUGCUCCAUCUGCACCUGCAGAAGCUGCUCCAGCUCCAGCCCCUGAACCUGCCCCAGCACCUGAAGCCGCUCCUGCACCAGAACCUGCUCCAGCACCAGCUCCAGAUGCUGCUCCAGCUGCACCACCUGCCGAUGCCGGAGGUUAG